CAACUUGGCACUGGUAAUCUGCCACCCCUGUUUGAAAAUGUUGCUGCAGCAUCAGAGGCAGCACCUGGAAUGGAAUCAAGAAUUCUUGGUGGUUUGGCUUCUGGAGCUGUUGCUGCGGCUGAUGCACAUAGUCUUGGUAGAAUGGGAAAUCAAAUUGCGGGUGCUGCUCUUCAGGCUCCUUUCGUUGAUCCUAUGUAUCUUCAGUACUUGAGAACUUCUGAUUAUGCUGCAGCUCAACUUGCUGCUCUGAAUGACCCCUCCAUGGACAGGAACUACAUGGGUAAUUCUUACAUGAAUUUACUUGAGCUGCAAAAAGCCUAUCUUGGGGCUAUGCUCUCACCUCAGAAGUCACAGUACAAUGUUCCUCUGGGUAAAUCCGGCGGCUCCAAUCAUCUUGGUUACUAUGCAAAUCCUGCAUUUGGUGUUGGUUUGUCUUAUCCAGGAAGUCCAAUGGCAAACUCAGUUGUAUCCACUUCUCCAGUUGGAUCUGGCAGUCCUGUGAGGCACAACGAGCUGAAUAUGCGGUUUGCUUCUGGGAUGAGGAAUUUAGCUGGGGGUGUCAUGGGACCAUGGCACCUAGAUGCUGGAGUCAACAUGGACGAAACCUUUGCUUCUUCCUUGUUAGAAGAGUUCAAAAGUAAUAAAACCAAGUGUUUUGAGCUUUCAGAGAUUUCUGGUCAUGUUGUUGAGUUCAGUGCGGAUCAAUAUGGGAGUCGAUUUAUCCAGCAAAAACUGGAACAAGCAACUACAGAAGAAAAAAACAUGGUUUAUCAGGAAAUUAUGCCUCAUGCUCUGGCUUUGAUGACUGAUGUCUUUGGUAAUUAUGUGGUUCAGAAGUUUUUGGAGCAUGGACUUGCACCUCAGAGAAGAGAAUUAGCUAACAAGCUUUUUGGCCGUCUGACCCUUAGCCUUCAAAUGUAUGGUUGUCGGGUGAUCCAAAAGGCCAUAGAAGUUGUUGAUCUGGAUCAGAAGAUAAAAAUGGUUCAAGAGCUUGAUGGUAAUGUUAUGCGCUGUGUUCGUGAUCAGAAUGGAAACCAUGUCAUUCAGAAGUGUAUAGAAUAUGUCCCCGAAGAUGCAAUUCACUUCAUUGUCUCGACCUUUUUUGAUCAAGUUGUGACACUUUCAACCCAUCCAUAUGGUUGCCGGGUUAUACAGAGAGUACUGGAGCACUGUAAAGAUGCUAAGACACAACAAAAAGUUAUGGAUGAGAUUUUGAGAGCUGUUAGCAUGUUAGCUCAGGAUCAGUAUGGCAAUUACGUUGUUCAGCAUGUGCUAGAACAUGGGAAGCCUCAUGAGCGUUCAGCGAUUAUAAAGGAAUUAGCUGGCAAGAUAGUUCAAAUGAGUCAACAGAAGUUUGCCUCCAACGUCGUUGAGAAGUGUUUGACAUUUGGAGAUUCUUCUGAACGCCAGUUACUAGUGAAUGAGAUGCUUGGCUCCACGGAUGAAAAUGAGCCCCUUCAGGCGAUGAUGAAAGAUCAAUUUGCAAAUUAUGUUGUACAAAAGGUGCUGGAGACUUGUGAUGACCAGCAACGUGAGCUGAUUCUUUCGCGAAUCAAGGUUCAUUUGAAUGCUUUGAAGAAGUACACUUAUGGAAAGCAUAUUGUUGCACGUGUAGAGAAACUAGUUGCUGCUGGAGAAAGGAGGAUUGCUGCUCAGUCUCCUCAUCCUCCUUAGGGCGCAUAUAAAAAGAAGGUUGUUUGUACAGCUAACUGGGGCGAGUGUGGGCUUUUCCUGCAUCUAGAAGAGGUGAUGAAAAACCUAUCUUCUGUUGAGAUAGGCAAUAAAGUUGUCAGUUGUAAUGAAGAACUGUACAUUUUGUAGUGUUAAGUUUAUACGUAUAAAUUAAGCGGAAUGGGUUCCAGAUGCCUGAACACAGCUGAUGCGCCUGCAGAGUAGAUCAAAUAACUAUACGAAGGACUUUUAAGGUUGUAGAGAUUAUAAAGAUGCUGAGCUAGGUUUUUUAAGUUGACGUGACUGUACAAAAAUGUUGCCUUGUGGAGAGCUGUUCAUGUUUAGGCCCAUUAAUUGAGGAAGGAUUUUUCUUGUUAUGCUU